CCCGGGGCUCCACGGGCAGCCCGGCCCGGCGGGUUCAGUGUUCUCGUCCCUCGGCCCCUCUGUCCCCAGCCUGGCAGGGGACGCGCAGAGAAAUAAAAUGCUCGGUAACGCGCACUGACGCUGUCCAUAGGCGAGGCGUCGGCGUAGAGGCGUGCUAAGCAUGGAGGGAGAUGAAGAGGAGGACUAUAUGUCUGAUUUAUUUAUUAAACAGGAUGUCAGGCCAGGCUUGCCCAUGGUGAGGCGGGUGAAGGAAGCUAUUCAUAAAGAAGAAAAGCAAAAAGAAGCCAAUGAGAAGAACAGACAAAAAAGCAUAAAAGAAGAAGAAAAAGAGAGACGUGACUUGGUACUGAAAAGUGCAUUGGGCAAUGAGAACAAAGGCUUUGCUUUGCUCCAGAAGAUGGGCUACAAGAGUGGCCAGGCCCUUGGCAAAAGUGGAGAAGGCAUUGUUGAACCUAUUCCUCUGAACAUAAAAACAGGCAGAAGUGGGCUUGGUCAUGAGGAACUAAAAAAGCGAAAAGCUGAAGAAAAACUGGAAAACUAUAGACAAAAGCUCCAUAUGAAAAAACAAGCAAAUGAACAAGCUGCAGAUCAGUUCAGAGUAAGAUUCAAAACCAAACAAGAAGAACGUAAGAUGGAAGGAGACCUGCGAAAAAGCCAGAGGGCCUGCCAGCAAUUAGAUAUGCAAAAAGAUAUUGAUGUUCCCAAGGAGACUUGGUUUUGGAUAGAACCUGAAGAGGAAGACAAAAAGGAUGAGGAAGACAAGGAAGAUGAAUGCACAAGCUCAGACUUAAGUGUAUCAGAAAAGCUACACAUCCUGACAGCCUAUUUGAGAGAGAAGCACUUCUAUUGCAUUUGGUGUGGAACAACCUAUGAAGACUCUGAAGAUUUAUCUUCAAACUGUCCUGGAGACAGUGCUGCAGAUCAUGACUAAAGCCAGUCUAAAGGAAGAAGCCCUAGAUAAAAGUGUCCUGUCCUGGUUGCAGCUGGCAGACAUGAAUGGUGAUGUAGCCAUGGAAAAGACACACCCCAAGUCUCGCUGUUGCUUCUGACAUCUGUUGUCAUUUCAUCAACUGUAAUAAAUUCAUCAAACUCUGUAUUUAAACACAGUAUGAAAGGACAUUUAAUAAGAAUAAUUUCUAAGUUCCUUCUCUUCACCAACAGACUUAACAAGGUCGAGUAAAUGAGAUAUAGUGAUUCUUCCCGAAGGGUCUGUUGAAAGCAUCCUUUUGAUUAUGGAUGCCUGCAAAAAAAAAUUAAAUGUCAAUAGAAUUUUUUUUUUCUUUUUUCAGUUAGCACAGUAACCAAAAAAUAUAUUAAAAUGCCAUACCUCUGAUGGAAAUUUUUUCAUGAAGCACUCUGGAAGCUCACCUUUUCUAGCAGAAGGCCAUACCUGAAAUUAAUAAAAGAGAAUAGUUUUGGUAUGCUUUAA